AUGGAAUCCAACAAAGACAAUGAAUUCCACCCGCAUGCGGGAGGAAUGUCCACUAUUGAGAAAGUUGAAGUCACUGGCCAGGAUGUCGAUGAAGCUCUCCUCUUCUUGAACGAAGCACCUGCCGGUGAGUUAAUACACGUCGACGAUAAAAAGCUGAUGCGCCGAGUUGAUCGGAUGUUGAUGCCGUUGAUGUUUGCCUGUUACUACCUGCAGUAUUGCGAUAAAACACUGCUGUCAAACGCUGGAAUAAUGGGCAUUAUCAAGGACACCGAUAUGCCAGCCAACGGCUUUUCGAACUUGGCCAUGGCUUUCUACCUUUCCUUUUUGGUCUCUGAACCCAUUCAAUCAUUCUUGCUGCAAAGAUUCCCUGCGGCUAAGUUCCUUGGAGUGAACGGUUGUCUUGUAAUCAUCACCGGUAUGUGGUAUAAACGGGAUGAGCAAGUCUCCCGGAUGGGGUGGUGGUAUCAAGGUACAUCUGUAGCGCCCAUGGUGACAGCUCUUAUUUCCUAUGGUUUUGGACAUUGGACUCAGUCGGAUCCAAACUUGAAAUUCAAGUCUUGGCAGAUCCUUUUUCUUCUCUUUGGCGUUAUUACGAUCGUCAUUGGCAUCCUGACCUUUCUAUUCCUUCCCGAUAAUCCUAUGAAAAGCCGAUUGAGAAGAGAGGAGAAAAUCCAUAUUAUCGAACGAGUGCGCGAAAACCAAACGGGUAUUGAGAAUAAGAAAUUCAAAUGGACGCAGUUUAUUGAGGCGGUGACAGACAUAAAGACGUGGCUCUUAAGUCUGAUUGUGAUCACAACGAAUGUACCCAACGGCGCAGUGAGCUCAUUCUCAAACAUCAUUACUGAAAAUUUUGGUUAUGAUGAAUACACAUCGCUUUUACUUAGCCUACCAGGAUGUGCAGUUGCUUUUAUUUCCGUCUGGCUGGGCUGCUGGUAUGCUGGCCAGUUUAAUGCCCGAGGACUCUCCAUCAUUGCGCUUAUCAUUCCAACGUUAUUGGGCGGUGCUCUAAUGGCGUGGCUUCCUGCAACCAACAAAGCCGGUCUGCUCGUUGGAAACUUCUUGACCAACACUGUGGGCUCAACCAUGCCUAUGAUAUAUAGCUGGAUUACUGCAAACUUCGCAGGUCACACUAAGAAACUCACGAUGAACGCCCUUGUUUUGAUGUCUUUCUGUAUCGGCAACGUCAUUGGGCCUGAGACAUUCCAAGCUAAGGACGCACCACAAUAUAUUCCUGCCAAGAUUACCAUUGUUGCCAUAUUAUCUUUUGGGAUUCUCUUCACAGCGGCCCUAGAUUUGCUUUACAUGUGGGAAAACAGAAAGAGAGAUAAUGAGCCCGCUCCCGACUUGCCGCCGAAUUUUGAACUCAUGGAUCUUACUGAUAAGCAGAAUCGAAAUUUUAGGUAUCUACUUUAG